AUGAGAAGUGCAUUACAAAUAUACGUGUAUCGCGAUAUCUCGAAUCUCGUAGCGACUGAAACAUGGGGCGUUCUGGUGCAGCACAUUCAUUUGCCUGAAAACUUCACGAAAGAGGGAUUUAUCUGGGUUCCAUGUAGAGACGAGACGCGUGGUACUUCUGGGCGACCAGUGAGCAGCCCAGUACGCCUCAGAUUUCCGGCAGUUGUUGGAUGUCAUGGAGUAAUAACCCAGGGAAUUGUGGCCACACCGAGGGAGGUUGCUGAAAAUCCAUCGACAGCCCACGACCGGUUUCACCCUUCUUGGGGCUCAUCAGGUAGGCACGGUCCCCGGGUUUCAGUCAACCUUAUGUUCUACUUGAAACCAAAUUGCACGAAAUUAGCGAAUAUGCACUCAUUUGCUAACUAA